GGUUAAGCUACAAUACAAAAAUACGUUGCAUCGAUAUCGGAGAUCUACACUAAGUAGAAAUGUAUCACAUCCGCUAUAAAGGAGAAAGACGAUGCAAAAAGUUCAGAUUGUUACCGCAGCAUGAAUUCAACGAUGCUCUCAUGGCGACUGUUGGUACCGAACUGCAACGUACAGGGAUACCACGAGGUUUUAUCGAGAACAGGUGCGAAACAUGUCUUCGAAAACGUUUUCCAUGUGCUCGCAGUUACUUUUUUCCCCCGAAAAAUAUUGGGUUGAACAUGAUGAUAAUACGUGGAACAAGUAGCGCGAAUACCGGAAGAGAACAAGCUAAAGUUAUGUUCAACGGAGAAGCUCAAAGAAGUCGUCGACUUGAAGGUAGUCGCUGUACUCAACAGCAGUUGCGGAAAGUUGCGACCAAUGACCAAGCAAUAUUUGGAAUACUAAACAAUUCUUUUGGAUACACUACAAAGCUAAUAUUUUUGAUUUUCAGGAUAUCAUAGAAUUCGAUACGAAAACAUAGUUUAAGGGGUUAUAUAUGUUGAGGUCGACUCAAAUCGAUAGAGGAAUUAAAUCGAAUUUAAUUCUUCUAUCGUAAAGCUCAGGUUCUUAGGAAUGUUACCUCAAAUUUUUAUAGAGAUCGGAGCAGUCAUCUUGCUCCCUUAUGGAGGUGUUGGUUAUACUUGAAACUUUAAACACGAUUAUCUCGAUAUCAUGUUUCCCAAAAGCGUCUUUGCAGUGACUACGAUUGCCGGAAAAGUUUUCAACCGAUCUCAAAACUUUUUUUUGACUUGUUCGUAAUUUAACUGCCAUGUCCUUGAACGAUUCCAUUUUUUCGUCAAAAUUUUCAUAUUAUUGUUAUGAAUUUUUUUAAAAAAAAUUUCAGGUGAAAAUAGUGAAUCGAUCGUUCAAGGACACCACAGGUACAUAUACUAAUGAAUUUUUUUUAGUUUGAUGGUUUCUUUUGAGCUCUUGGACUGGAAUCGUAGUCACGGCAAACCUCUUUGAAAACUUUAACUUUAAAAAAAACCGUUUUGCGGAAAUUGCUAUAGCUUCGACAAUUACACUCAGGUUUUUUUUUACGCGGGGAUACGAGCCGCGUAAAUGAAAACCGCGUAAAUGAAAACCGCGUAAAUUUCAAAAUCCGCGUAAAUGAAAACCGCGUAAAUUUCAAAAUCCGCGUAAAUGAAAACCGCGUAAAUUUCAAAAUCCGCGUAAAUGAAAACCGCGUAAAUUUCAAAAUCCGCGUAAAUGAAAACCGCGUAAAUUUCAAAAUCCGCGUAAAUGAAGACCACUUAAAUUUAAGAAUCCGCGAUAAAGGGGACCUCAUUGAUGUAUACCGCGUAAAUUCCAAAAUCCGCGUAAAUGAAAACCGCGUAAAUUUCAAAAACCGCGUAAAUGAAAACCGCGUAAAUUUCAAAAUCCGC